CUUUUCUGAUAAAUUAAUCUGCCCAUAUAAAAGUAAUCGUUGUUAGUCAAAUUGGCAUUUCACUGAUAAUUAUGAAUACUAAACUAUUACUAAUUUUAACGUUGUUGGUUCUCUGCUGCACGGCGGGAGCCAUUCCAGCGCCCUCCUUGCAGCUGGAGAGGAUUGUGGGUGGGCCUGUGACUACUAUCAAACAAUAUCCCAAUAUGGCCUCUCUGCUACUCACCAAUGAUUUUGUUCAGUGGAGGCACAACUGCGGCGGAAGCAUCCUUAAUCAACGAAAUAUUUUGUCAGCAGCUCAUUGCUUAGACCGUUUCGCCAACCAGCCAACUAGAUAUCGGGCUCGUCUGGGUUCCACCUAUGCCAGCAGUGGAGGCGUGGUUCUGAACUUUGUCUUCUUCAUCAUCCAUUCUAACUGGAACUACAGGACCAUGGACAAUGACAUCGCUUUAAUGCGAACUGCCAACAGUAUUUCAUACACCAACAUUAUUCAGCCUUCUUCGGUUGCCGGCGCUAAUUAUAUCAUCCGCGAUAAUGAGCCUGUAUGGGCUACUGGGUGGGGGCAUAUUACACCUUCCGGUCCCGGCUCUGAGGAACUCCGACAUGUCCAAAUAUAUUCGAUCAACCAAGCUGUAUGUAGACAGCGAUAUGUAUCAAAAGCUGUCAUCACAGAUAACAUGUUGUGCUCCGGCUUGCUCGACAUUGGAGGUCGCGACCAGUGCCAGAUGGACUCCGGCGGCCCUCUCUAUCACAACGGCGUCGUCGUCGGUGUCUGCUCCUUUGGUAUUGGAUGCGGCGAUCCUCGUUACCCUGGAGUCAAUACACGUGUCUCCAGAUACACUGAUUGGAUCCAAAGAAACACAUAAAUUGUUUUUAUUAAUUGACUGAUAAAACAUCCUGGAAUGGUUAUAAGAUAUUUUUAGUAAACAAAGUUUAUCGCACUUGGAUCGUUUACGUUGUAUAAUUAUUACAUAAUUAUAAAUAUAAAUUUAUAAAAUGUUUGGCGCUUUAGGCAUCUUCGCUAUCUAAAAUAUGAAUAUAAACUAUAUUAUAUUGGGAUAUGUAUUUAAAGAUAAACAGCACUGCAUAAUCUAUAAAAUUAAUCUCAUUAUCAAAUAGUUUGAUUUGAACGCAUUACUGUGAUUAUGAAAAUACAUAAUUCGAAGCGUCAACAUUUGGUCAAAAAUGUACUUAUGCUACCAGAGUAUUGUCACUUUACAGUAAAAGAAGAUUAAACUUAAGACUAUUUUUUCUGUAGCCAUCUUCACUUACGUUAUUAAGUUUACGUCAUAUAAAAGAAUAAAAUUAAA